AUGCCGGUACACCUAGCUUUGCGACUGCCCUGGCUGUUCUGGGGAAUGCAGGUCUACAGCAAGCUGGAUGCACUUGCGGUGCAAAUCUCAACACAAACGGUCGUCAGCGCAAAGGUCGAGGCGCUUCUCGGCCAAGUCUCCGCUCAGCUCGUAAGCCUAAACAGCGACAAGGGCAGCGAUGAAAAAUGGCACCUCAAGGAGCUCGAGGCCCAAGCGGACACGAAAGCUUCGGAGCCGGCUGCAGAGCCUGAGAGCCCAAUGCUCGAAGGCUUGGGCCAAGAGGCAGUUCUUCCAUCUCCGGAGGAGCUGGCUGCAGCACACGCAGCUUCGCAAGCGGCAGGACCGCCGGAGGACUCCCAGGAACCCUGGGCCGCGGCCUUUCCUGAGCCCCGCCGCGAUGCAGACACUCAGGACUGGGCCGUGUUUCCGUCAGGUGGUCAGCAAUAA